UAAUAUGACGCCGAUUUUCCUUUCGUUUCGUCCAUGAUAUCGUUUCGAAGAGUUGUCGUCUCUAAUGUAACGUGAUUAUCAAUGGAUAUUGCAAUCGCUGGAGAAGAUUUAUCAUUGUGACAGUAUAUUACAUCACCUUUUGUGUAUGGUUUGGGUAUUAAUUCCCAAAAAAUAUCAAUGAGAUAUGCAGUGUCAGAUUGAACAACAGCAACCACAAACCUCACUGUAUGAAUAUUUUAAUUCUGUUGGACUUAACAGUGGCAUAAAUAUAAAAGAUGACUGCAGUAGAAACUCCUCAUUUAAUUCGUACCAUCGAGUGGGAUAUGAUGGACAAGACAAAGUUCUUUCCAUUGAGCAUGCUAUCGUCGUUUUCUGUUCGUUGUUGUCUAUAUCCCUUAACAGUAAUCAAAACUCGUUUACAAAUUCAAAGGCACAACUACAUGUACAAUGGAAUGAUAGAUGCCUACAAAAAAAUUUACCAAGUUGAAGGUGUGGCAGGUCUUUACAGAGGAUUUUGGAUAAGUUCUGUACAAAUUGUAUCCGGUGUAUUUUAUGUAUCUACGUACGAAGGUGUACGCCAUUUACUUGGACAGAAUGAUGUUAUAGGUAAUGUAGAUUCAAGAGUUAAAGCAUUAGUUGCCGGCGGAGCUGCUAGUCUGGUAGGACAAACAAUAGUGGUCCCCUUUGAUGUUUUAAGUCAACACUUAAUGGUUCUUGGGAUCAGUAAUGAUAAACCAGGAAGAUUUAUCGACAAGAUGGGUAUGAAUCCAUUGGGUUUAACUCUUGAAUCUGGGAAAACCAAAGCUCAGAUUUCUGCUGAAAUUAUUAAAUCAAUUUAUCGGAGUGACGGAUAUAGAGGUUUCUAUAGAGGAUAUGUUGCAUCAUUGUGUGCUUACGUACCCAAUAGUGCCCUGUGGUGGGGACUAUAUACAUCUUAUCAAGAAGAGCUUGUAAGAUUAUUCCCAGACUGGGUUUCUCACUUGUUCAUUCAAGCUGUUGCUGGCACAUUAGGAGGAUUUACCACCACAAUUGUUACCAAUCCUUUAGAUAUAGUACGAGCAAGAUUACAAGUACAAAGAUUAGAUAGUAUGUUUAGUGCAUUCAGGGUUCUAUGGGUUGAGGAGAGGUUACAGAUGUUUACGAAGGGACUUUCCGCGCGUCUUGUACAGUCAGCUUGUUUUAGUUUUUCGAUAAUUCUAGGAUAUGAAACUAUUAAAAGGGUCAGUAUAACGGAAAAGUACAGAGGUUAUAUUAGGUGGUGAACUUGUUCUCUAAAAAUUUGCAAUAAUUCUUUUUACGUCAAUGCAUUUUUUCGACGAUUUCUGUUGAACCAUACACAGGAAUAACCUAUAAGCACCAAAGAGAA